AUGCGUCCCUCGAUCUUUGUAUCUUUUGUUGCUCUUCUGGCGAGCGGAAGUAUUGCCCACCCCGUUGCGGGGAAGGACGCCGACGAUAUGGUCCGUAACAGCUGGUCUGAGAAGCGAGCGGACGCCGACGAUAUGGUCCGUAACAGCUGGUCUGAGAAGCGAGCGGAUGCCGACGAUAUGGUCCGCAAUAGCUGGUCUGAGUAA